AAAACAGAUACGCAUGCGCUGUAGAAACCUUCGGCUAAUGUUUUGGUUUUGCAGCUAGCGUCCACAUGAAUGGCUACAUCGACUGUCACUGUCAUAUCUCUUCUGGGGAUUUUGACAAGGACCUGGACGAUGUGAUUGACAGAUCUAAAAAGGCUGGAUUAUUAGCAAUUUUAGCAGUAUCUGAGCAUUUUGGAGAGUUUGAGAAGAUCAUAGAGCUGUCAAAAAGGUUUCCAGGUUUUAUUUUUCCAUGUUUGGGAGUUCAUCCUGUCCAAGAGGUUUCACCAGAACAACAGAGAGGUGCAAAUCCACAGGAUCUGGAUGCUGCUUUACCGAUCAUAGAAAAGUACAAAGACCAGCUCGUUGCCAUUGGAGAGGUCGGUCUGGAUUUCACUCCUCGUUUCGUGAGCAGAGAUGAAGAUAAAGAAAAACAGAGACAGGUCCUGAUUAAACAAGUGGAGAUCGCCAAACAGCUGGACCUACCAAUAAACGUCCACUCUCGAUCGGCAGGAAGACCCACCAUCCACCUCCUCAAAGAGCUCGGAGUGGAGAGAGCUCUGCUUCAUGCCUUCGAUGGGAAACCGUCUGUAGCGAUGGAGGGAGUAAAGGCUGGAUACUUCUUCUCCAUCCCUCCUUCUAUAAUCCGCAGUGAACAGAAGCAGAAACUGGUGAAGCAGCUUCCUCUGGAGAAUAUUUGCCUGGAGACGGACUCACCUGCACUGGGCCCAGAAAAACAGGUGAGGAACGAGCCACAGAACAUCAGAGUGUCGGCCGAGUACGUGGCGAAAGUGAAGGGAGUUUCUCUGGAGCGAGUGAUGGAGGCGACCACUCAAAACGCACUCAGACUCUUCCCCAAACUCAAAACCAAAAUAAGACUUUAAAGAUGCACUGGGUAACUUUUUGAUUGGAUCCGUCACCCGCUUGUUUCUAUGGAGAUGUCAUUGUUCUACCUGGAAUGUUCCACAGUGUGACAUUAAACAGCACUACCUUACAUUUAUUCAAUCACAGGUGCUUUUAGAGCUCGGAAACACCUAAAAAAAAAAAAAAAAAGAGUGAGCGGGGUCGCCUCUCCACAGAUCUGACCUGUAACUUGGUCUGAUUUGGAUAACGUGAAGAUAGAAAGAUUUAAUGCCAUACUGUCAGUGUUGGGACAGUUACUUUUAAAAUGUAUUCCCCUACAGAUUACAGAUUACAUACCCCAAAAUGUAGUUUGUAACGGAAUCCAUUAAGUUACUUGAGGUGAGUAACGUAAUCUGAAUACUUUGGAUUACUUGGUUUACUGUAGAGAAGCAAAGACUAGGAAGUCUUCACAUAAGAUGUUUUGUCUGCAAAAAGACAAUAAAAAGCCCAGACUUUACUGAACCAAAUUAAAAAUAUUAUUAAUAGAAGAGGAGGCAGCAUGGUUUAGCCCUGUUAAAUCCUGUUUGAGACAUAGUUUAGACCUGGUUUUAGUCCUGGUUUUAGACCUGGUUUAGACCUGGUUUAGUCCUAGUUUAGACCUUGUUUAGACCUGGUUUGGACCUGGGUUUAGACCGGGUUUAGAUUGGAUUUAGUCCUGUUUUAGUCCUGGUUUAGCCCUAGUUUAGACCUUGUUUAGACCUGGUUUUAGACCUGGUUUUAGACCUGGUUUUAGACCUGGUUUAGUGUCCGGCAAUGAGUGGAAUUACCGGGAGAAAAAAAAGGGAUAUAGCCCAAAAUGUGAAAACAAAAUACGGUCAUGUAAUCCAUUUAUUUCAACCAAGUAACUGUAAUCUAAUGACCACUCACUUAAACAGUAACUGUAACUGAAUACAGUUACUCAUAAUUUGUACUCUGAUUACAUAACUCUGGUACACAUUAUCCAUUACUCCCUAACACUGCAUACUGUGAAACAUUCCAGUGAAAGCAACAUCUCCAUGGACAAAAACAUCUGACGGAGCCCCCACCAGAAAAGUUACACAGUGCAGCUUAAACAUGAGCGUCCACAAGGAAACAGCCACUGGAAUAUCACCAUUAUUAACCAAAUGUCUUAAACAUGUGUGUAUAUAAAAUGUAAAGAUAAUUUGGAGGUUGUUAAUAAAUGAUGUAAAAUACA